AUGCCCGUUAGAGGAAGAGGACGCAUGUGCCGUGCCAGCCCAGAACCGGGCUCAUCUGGAAGGGGAGGAUAUGGCCCUGAAGAGGAGGGGGCUGUUGGUGGACUGCCGGUCAUGGAAGAGGAGGCAAGUGAACCAACAUUAGCCGACCUCUCUAACCUUCUCAAAGCCCAUAUAGGCCAGCAGAAAGCCAUGGAGGCUUAUUGGGACAAGGAGGCGUCAUCAUCAUCAGAGCCUGAAGUGGCCACACCUGUGCAGAGGUUAUCUGGCAACUAUUCUCAGGCUUCCUCCCCAAUGCCUCAGCUACCUAAACUGCAAAAGCUGAGUGAGGAAGACGAUAUUGAACACUUCCUUAUUACAUUUGAACGAAUUGCGGCUGCCUGUAGAUGGCCAAAAGUAGACUGGGCUUUCCAUCUAAUACCAUUGCUAACUGGCAAGGCCAGAAGCGCUUUUGUUCACAUGGAUGUUGAUGUGUCAAUGAAUUAUGACCAAGUCAAGUCGGCUAUCUUGCAGAAAUAUGAGAUCAACAGCGAAACCUACAGGCAGAGGUUCCGCUCACUUCAGGUGGACCCCGAGGAAACUCCCAAAGAACUUUACAUCAGGCUGAAGGAGCUGUAUGGGAAAUGGGUCCAGCCGAGAGAACUCCAGGUAUGGAUCAAAGAACAUGAUCCGGAGUCGGCAGACGAGGCUGCCACAUUGGCUAAUGUGUUUGUGGCUGCAAGAGGGAAGCAUCAGCCAUGGGCGCAUAAAAGCGGGAGUAAGGGGGACUUUGGUCAGCCCCCCCCGGCACCAAGUGUUGGUAAGCCCUUUGAAAGGGGGAACUUUACGUCAGCACCUUCUUCAAACUUCCAUGGGAAAAAGCCAAUCUGUUAUUUAUGUGGACAGGAGGGUCACACUAAACCCAGGUGCCCUCAGAAUACUGUCAAAUUGUCUCAGAUGGGAUUUGUGCCCAGGGAAGAGACUCAACAGGUUGGGGCAAAGCAUAAUUUACAGGAGAGGUUCGUGGAGCUAAAUGGUCGGACACUUAAAGCAUUGAUUGAUACAGGAAGUACACAAACAUUAGUUCGGCGUAAAUAUGUUCCACCGUAUUCUAUCUGCACCAGUGAGACUGUUCCUAUCUGUUGUGUCCAUGUUGAUGAAAAGGAAUAUCCAACUACUGAUGUCUAUUUGACUGUGAAUGGUCAGACUUAUCUGCUGAAUGUUGGUGUGGCAGAUAACUUGCCUUUUCCUGUCAUUCUGUGGGGUGAUCUACCGGUGCUAAUUGACCUGUUACCGCAUCCUCAGUGUAAUGUCGUAGUGACUCGGGCCCAGUCAAAGCAAUCUGAAGAAAUUGUUUCAGACCUCAGGGCCUUGCCAUUUUAUAAUGUUGAAUUCUCCACAGAAAGGGCAAAGGAACACAAAUCCAAACGACAAAAGAGGCGAGAGAAGUUUCGUGGGACGGCGGUGACUCACACUGACACUCCAGAGCUGGAUGUACUGCAGGAUUUUAAGAUCCCGGGUAAUAUUUUGGAGCUGCAGCACCAGGAUCCAAAUCUUGCACAGUAUUUUGAAGAAGCUAAAGCUAAGGGAAAUGACUUCUGUGUUCAAAACGACAUUCUUUACAGACAAAAUGGUUCAAUUAAGCAGCUGGUGGUUCCCCGAGCAGUAAGAGGAAUUGUUCUGAGAUUGGGCCAUGCUAUACCCUGGGCUGGUCACCUGGGGAAGCACAAGACCUUAGCCCGCGUGAAGCGUUAUUUUUACUGGCCCGGCUUGCGUAAAGAUGUCGAGCAGUUCUGCCGAAGCUGUCCGGAGUGCCAAAUAACAUCAGCCAGACGUCCUCACAAAGCUCCUCUCCACCCGCUGCCAGUUGUGAGUACGCCAUUUCAGCGACUAGGUAUGGAUGUAGUGGGACCUGUGGAAAAAAGUAAAUCGGGUAACCGCUUCAUGCUUGUAAUAACGGACUAUGCCACAAAGUAUCCAGAGGUCUUCCCUCUAAAAACUAUUAAGGCCAAGACUGUCGCCUUCUGCUUAUUGCAGUUAUUUUCGAGAGUUGGGUUUCCUCAAGAGAUACUCACUGACCAGGGCACAAAUUUUAUGUCCAAACUACUUAAAGAUGUGUACCAGCUAUUGGGAAUAAAGGGCCUGAGAACAACGGCAUACCAUCCACAGACUGAUGGACUCACCGAAAGAUUUAAUCAAACCCUUAAACAGAUGCUACGUAAAUUUGUGAACGAGACUGGCUCCGACUGGGACCAGUGGCUCCCUUACAUUCUGUUUGCCUACAGGGAAGUUCCCAAAGCUUCCACUGGGUUUUCUCCCUUCGAGUUAUUAUAUGGCCGUGAUAUGAGAGAGCAAUUGGAGAAGAUGACGACUCUGGCUCGAGAACACAUGAAAACCUCCCAGAAGCAACAAAAGACCUGGUAUGAUUCAGCAGCCAGGGAGAGGGGCUUUGAUCCUGGUCAGAAAGUGCUAGUGAUGCUGCCCUCAGAAGACAGUAAAUUGCUGGCCAAGUGGCAGGGCCCCUAUGAGGUGAAAGAAAAAUUGGGCCCCACAACAUACAAAGUGGCACUUCCAGGACGAGGCCGUGCUGUCAGAGUCCUCCAUGUAAACCUGUUGAAGGAGUGGGUCUCGAAGGAGGAGAGACCAGUUUCCCUCUACAUAAGGAGCACCGAGGAUGAGGAGCGGGAGGAGCAAUACUUGCCUGUCACAUUAGCCUCCGAGCCCGGUUUGGACCAUUUGCCAGUCAAGCAGCGGCUGGAGGUGGGCAAGAUCUGUUCGUCUGAGGUGUUCAAGGAGACCCCAGGUUACACCACUGUGGUAAUGCAUGAUGUGGCUUUAAAGAACAAUGCGGUCCCCAAGCGGAUGAGCUAUCGUAUACCGCAGAAACUUUUGGACCCCCUUAAAAGGGAAGUUGAUCUGAUGCUGUCACUGGGUAUUAUAGAAGCCUCGUACAGUGAGUGGUGCAAUCCAAUUGUACUUGUGCCUAAAAAGGAUGGAACAAUUAGGUUUUGCAUAGAUUUCCGCUAUCUCAACUCGGUUUCAAAGUUUGACUCAUACCCUACUCCUCGAAUUGAUGAACUGAUUGAGAGACUGGGCACUGCUAAAUAUCUUACCACCAUUGACCUUUGCAAGGGCUAUUGGCAGGUUCCAUUGUCCUCCAGGUCUCGAGAGCUGACGGCGUUCCGUACACCCUGGGGUCUCUACCACUUCAGAGUGAUGCCAUUUGGACUUCACGGUGCGCCUGCUACAUUUCAGCGUCUUAUGGAUAAGGUACUGUGUGGCCUUUCACAAUUUGCCGCGGCGUAUCUGGAUGACAUCAUUAUAUAUAGUAACAGCUGGGAUGAACAUUUGCAACACCUAAAAGUCGUCUUGAGGUGUCUCCAGAACGCAGGACUGACUGUGAAUCCAGCCAAGUGUGCCUUUGCCAAGAGGGAGACAGAAUACCUUGGCUUUGUCAUUGGAGGGGGUCUUGUGAAGCCACAAAUUGGAAAAGUGGAGGCUAUCCGGUGCUGCCCUCUGCCCAGGACCCAAAAACAACUGAAAUCCUUCUUGGGCAUGUCAGGUUGGUACCACAGAUUCAUCCCUAACUACUCUGCCAGGGCCUCUCUGCUUACAGACAUGACCAGCCUUCGGGGAUCGAGUGUACUGAGGUGGUCUGAGGAGGCCGUGAAGGCAUUCAGAGACAUUCAGCAGGCCUUGUGCCAGGAUCCGGUGCUUCACUGCCCUGACUUCGAGCAGGAGUUUGUCCUACAGACGGAUGCGUGUGAUAGAGGUCUGGGGGCAGUUUUGCUUCAGGGGCCACCGAAUGACCGCCAUCCAAUUGCCUUCAUCAGCCGGAAACUCUUCCCGAGAGAAACCCGCUAUUCCACUAUCGAAAAGGAAUGCCUGGCGAUCAAGUGGGCCUUGGAUGCACUCCGUUACUAUCUGCUGGGGAGGCACUUCGUGCUGGAGACAGACCACCGAGCACUCAAAUGGCUGGAGAGGAUGAGGGACACCAACAAUCGCAUAACCCGCUGGUAUCUGGCCAUGCAGCCCUACAAGUUCGAGGUGCAGUACAUUCCAGGCAAGCAGAACAGUACUGCUGACUAUCUCUCCCGCGGUGCAAGCGAACUUUCUGAGGAGGGGGAGUGUGUGGUGGCUACCACCUCCAUUUAGUGUUACAGGACUGUUAUUUAGGUGAUAUUCUUUGAACAUGUACACUUUGGUGAAAGUUUGUUUGAAUGCUUAUGGGAUUUGAUUUUUUCUUCUAAUUAGAGGUUACGACCACAGCUGUUCAUGGUCUGGCAUCUGGUGGUCGUUAGUGGUCUGUCCUUAUUUAAGCAGCCCUGUGAUGGGUCUGCAGGUCAGUUUUGGUUGAAGCAUUUUUUAUGUUGGCCUCCUUUAUGUUGGGCCCAAAAUAUUUUGUUAUAUUGGAUUUUUUGUGACGUUAUUAAAUUGAAUGUUAA